UUCGGACUACAAGUCCCAUCAUCCCUGGCCACUGGGUCCUCCUAGCUAGGGAUGAUGGGAGUUGUAGUCCGAAAUCAGCUGGAGACCCACGUUUGGGGAACCCUGCCCUACGGACUGAGCUGACCCAGCCCAGGAUCGUCUACUACGCGCUGGGCUGGAAGCGCCUCGCGAGGGGUUUCCAGGCAGGAGUCUGCUUUAUCCCACCUUCCCCUUGCGAAAGGAGAAAAUAACCGCGCGGUUUUCUUGGCCUGGAAAGCCUGGUUUCCCUGGAGGAAGCAACCCGAUCGCGGAAACGACAGGGAGAGAGGAUCUGGUCCCGGCAUGGAGGGGCAGCGAGUCAUCCCCCUGGCUCAGUACUCCGGGGUCACCCGGGAGCGCUUUCUACAGGACAUCUACCCUCUGAGAAAGCCAGUAGUGCUGAAAGAUAUUGAUUUGGGCCCUUGCAUGACCAAGUGGACCGUGGAUUACCUCAGUCAAGCAUCAGGAAAUAAAGAAGUCAAGGUUCAUGUUUCUGCGGUGCCACAGAUGGACUUCCUCAGUAAGAACUUUCUGUAUAGAACGUUACCAUUCGAUGUAUUCAUAAGGAGAGCUGCUGAAGCCAAACAUACAGAUUACUUUAUUUCAGAGGAUGAAAAAUAUUAUUUGCGAACCCUGGGAGAAGACCCAAGGAAAGAGAUUGCAGAUCUCAGAAAGCAGUUUCCUCUGCUGGCAGAUGAUAUUCAGAUCCCGGAGUACUUUGAAAAAGAGCAGUUUUUCUCCACUGUCUUCCGCAUAAGCUCAGCAGGAAUGCAACUUUGGACCCAUUAUGAUGUAAUGGAUAACUUCUUAAUUCAGGUGACUGGAAAGAAGAAGGUUGUACUGUACAGUCCUCGUGAUGCACCAUAUUUGUAUUUAUCAGGUACCAAGUCAGAGGUGCUAGAUGUGGACGAGCCAGAUUUGAAAAAAUACCCUCUCUUUGUCAAGGCCAGACGUUAUGAAUGCCAGCUAAAUGCAGGAGAUGUCUUGUUUAUUCCAGCUUUGUGGUUCCAUAAUGUGACUUCUGAGGAGUUUGGCGUGGGAGUCAAUGUUUUCUGGAAACACCUUCCUUCGAAUUGCUAUGAUAAGACAGACACCUAUGGAAACAAAGAUCUUGCGGCAGCCUCAAGAGCAGUACAGAUUUUAGACAGGGCACUGAAAACCCUAGAAGAGCUACCAGAGGAAUACAGAGACUUUUACGGCCGGAGAAUGGUUUUACGGAUUCAAGAAAAAACCUACAGUACUAACUAUGAAUAGUUUUUUUUUACAGACAUCUCAUGAGCUGGCCUACAGACAUUGCACAUAGAUACUUUGCCAUGGGUACAUCCAUUGUUCACCACUCCCCACUUUAUGUGUGUGUUUGUUGGAACUUUGCCCCAAGUUUAUAUAAAAGUAAAGCUGGAGUACUGGUCCAUUAAUGAAUAGA